UUGAUUUUCGGUUUUCCAACUUUCACAGUUCUUGGUUUUAUAUAAAAUAGGCACUCCUUUGGGAGCAGUUGCAUUAGUUGCCUGCCUAUUUCUUUCAGGCUUGUCUGUACCCAGGUGGCUGUGGAGAGUCUGUCUACAGGCUUUCUCUGGUAUGCACCCAAGGUAUUGGAGGGCAUUGUGGACAGGUGUAAAUAAUCUGCCAAACUGCUGGGUACUUCCCAUUAUAAUUUCAGGAUUCUGAGUACUUUGUUGUUGUACGGAUAAGAAUUAAAUGAGGAAAGGUGGAAGGAAGGGGCUGGAGUGAAGCAUGGAUUGGUUGGGCCGAAUAGCCUGUGGCCGCGCAGACGAUUCGAGAUGAUUAACAAGAAAAGGCAAGUGAGAUUGUCAAAGGCGCAGUGCAAAGUUCCCGAACAAAAGGCAAAACGUAUUGCAAAAGCCAACGACGAUUGCAUAACCCUCUCCCACUCCCGAACAAUCCCUGGUGUGUGGGCAGCGCUCCACUGGAAGCUGGUGUGUCUUGGAAGAAAAAUAAAGUGUGCUAACUAAGUAACUCUGUAACAAGGCUUUGGGCAGGGGAACAUACCGUCAGAAGCUCGGACAGCGAGGCGGUGACUGACUGGGAAGUUUUCUUUGGGAAACUCUGUGACCGUUGGGAGUUUGAUGAUCGGUGACGCUCGAGACACAUGACUGGAACUUUCUCUCUCCUCCUGCGGAAAAUGGCGGCCUGGAGUUUCCAGGAGAAAUGAGGAAAAACUGGUGGAAAAAAAACACUCACAAGUUCAAGGAAGUUUAAAUGCAACCAUGACGCGCUGGAUUCCCAGCAAAAAGGAGAAAUAUGGAGUGGCAAUAUACAAUUAUGACUCCAGGGAGGAAGUGGAACUUCCUCUGCAGAUUGGUGAUACAGUGCACAUUUUGGAAACCUGUGAAGGUUGGUAUAGAGGGUAUACACAUCGUCGCAAAGCUAAAAAGGGUAUUUUUCCUGCUUCGUAUAUUCAGCUGAAGGAAGCAACAGUUGAAGGCAAAGGGCAACAUGAAACUGUUAUACCAAAUGAGCUUCCAUUGGUUCAGGAAGUCACUACAACUCUUCGAGAAUGGUCAAGUAUAUGGCGCCAGUUGUAUGUUAAUGACAACAAAGAGAUGUUCAGCCGAGUUAGACAUAUGAUGUACGAUCUUAUUGAAUGGCGCUCCCAGAUUCUUUCUGGAACACUCCCGCAAGAUGAGCUGAAGGAAUUGAAGCAGAAAGUCACUGCCAAAAUAGAUUACGGCAACAGAAUCCUUGAUCUUGAUUUGGUGGUGCGAGAUGAAGAUGGCAAUAUUUUAGAUCCUGACCAAACUAGCACCAUAAGUCUGUUUAGAGCUCACGAAAUGGCAUUGAAACGGAUAGAAGAAAGAAUCGAGGAAGAAAAGUCUCAGAAGCAUAACAUUGACAUAAACAGACAAGCAAAGUUUGCUGUCACACCUUCUUUCAGUCUCUUUGUAACUUUGAAGAAUGUUGUCUGCAAAAUAGGAGAGGACGCCGAAGUCUUAAUGUCUUUAUAUGAUCCUAUUACGUCCAAGUUUAUCAGUGAGAACUAUCUAGUGCGAUGGGCAAGCUCGGGCCUUCCAAAAGACAUAGACCGACUAAACAACCUAAAAGCUGUGUUUACUGAUCUUGGCAGCAAAGAUCUUAAGAGAGAAAAAAUUAGCUUUGUGUGUCAAAUUAUCAGAGUGGGUCGCAUGGAGCUGAAAGACAACAAUACCAAGAAAUUCACUACAGGGUUGAGAAGACCCUUUGGAGUGGCAGUUAUGGAUGUCACUGACAUUAUUACUGGGAAAGUGGAUGAUGAGGACAAACAACAUUUUAUUCCAUUCCAACCGGUGGCAGGGGAGAAUGACUUCCUUCAGACUGUGAUAAAUAAAGUAAUUGCUGCCAAGGAAGUAAACCACAAGGGUCAAGGUUUGUGGGUUACAAUGAAGUUGCUGUUAGGUGAUGUUCAUCAGAUUCGAAAAGAUUUUCCACAUCUGGUUGAUAGAACCACUGCUGUUGCAAGAAAAAUGGGUUUCCCUGAGAUAAUAAUGCCUGGUGAUGUUCGUAAUGACAUAUAUGUUACACUAGUGCUAGGGGAGUUUGACAAGGGCAAUAAAACAACUUCCAAGAAUGUGGAGGUCACAAUGACGGUAUAUGAUGAAGAAGGCAAGCGUUUGGAGAAUGUAAUUUUUCCUGGUGCGGGAGAUGAUGGUAUCUCUGAAUACAAGUCAGUUAUUUACUAUCAAGUGAAGCAACCCCGUUGGUUUGAGACGGUAAAGGUGGCAAUCCCUAUUGAGGAUGUAAAUAGAAGCCAUUUAAGGUUCACGUUUCGACAUCGAUCGUCUCAAGAUUCGAAAGACAAAUCUGAGAAGAUAUUUGCAUUGGCAUUUGUGAAGCUAAUGAGGUAUGACGGAACUACACUAAGAGAUGGUGAACAUGACCUAAUUGUGUACAAGUCAGAUGCCAAAAAACUGGAAGAUGCAGCACUGUACUUAAAUCUACCUGCGACUAAAACGACACUUGAAGAGAGAGGCUACGCAAUGACUGGGAAGAAUAUGCACAGUUUUGGAAACUUUUCCAUCAGCAAAGACUCGUUUCAAAUUUCCACUUUGGUUUGUUCAACAAAACUUACACAGAAUGCUUCUGCGCCGCCGCCCCCUCAUCAUAAGUGUAGAAGUGGAGAUGUUGAUUGUGCAGUCAGUGUUCAGCACAUUUGCAACUCAUCAAAUAUUGAAGCAGUCCAUGUCCAAAUGCAGCGAAACCUUGACAAAAUCCAGUUUUUGCAAGAUACACUUGAUGCACUUUUUAACAUCAUGAUGGAGAAUUCUGACAGUGACACUUUUGACACCUUAGUAUUUGAUUCUUUGGUAUUUAUUAUUGGACUUAUUGCUGAUAGGAAAUUCCAGCAUUUCAACCCUGUACUUGAAACCUAUAUCAAAAAGCACUUUAGCGCAACCUUGGCUUACACGAAACUUACCACAGUACUGAAAAACUAUGUGGACAAUUCAGAGAAACCUAAUGUGACAGAUCAACUUUAUAAAGCGAUGAAAUCCUUAGAAUAUGUCUUCAAAUUCAUUGUUCGUUCCCGAAUACUCUUUAAUCAAAUCAUUGGAGAGCAGUUAAUUUAUGCUAUAUCGAAACAGCAGCAAGGAUCUGUACUGGGUCCUUUUCUGUUUGUGGUUUUUGGAGCAGCUUUGAAGUACCUGCCAACAAUUGUCAAUGAUGUGAAAUUGGUAUUUGAUCCCAAGGAACUUAGUAAACUAUUUACAGACUUUAUCCACAAAGUUCCAUCAGGCAGACUUGUGCUUCAGAAACUGUACUGUUUGAUAGAAAUAGUGCACAGUGACCUCUUCACACAGCAUGACUGCAGAGACAUCCUUCUACCAAUGAUGACUGAACAACUAAAGUAUCAUUUGGAGAAACAAGAGGAAUUGAAGGCAUGCUGCCAUCUGCUUAGCAACAUUUUGGAAGUACUCUACAGGAAAGAUGUGGGACCAACUCAGCGACAUGUCCAGCUCAUUAUGGAGAAGCUACUGAGAACUGUAAACAGAACAGUCAUCUCCAUGGGACGUGAUUCCGAUCUAAUUGGUAACUUUGUUGCUUGCAUGACAGCCAUUCUGAGGCAGAUGGAAGAUUAUCAUUAUGCCCAUUUAAUCAAGGUCUUUGGGAUAAUGAGAUCAGAUGUCGUGGAUUUUUUGAUGGAGACGUUCAUUAUGUUCAAAGAUCUCAUUGGAAAGAAUGUCUAUCUUGUUGAUUGGGUUAUAAUGAACAUGAUGCAAAAUAAGUAAGUAUUGAGA